AUGUUUUUGCUCUUCCAUUAUAUCAAACAUGUUCAUUUCACCAAUGAAGCUGGUGAGGAGAUAUUCUUUGAUGCAAAUGGAGAUCCACCAGCUAUCUUUGACAUUCUACAAUGGCAAGCUUUCCCAAAUGGUUCUAGCAGUUAUGUUCAGGUGGGAAUGUUUGACUCCACAGCCCCUGCUGGUCAGAAAAUCAGCAUUAAUGUCAGCUCCAUCAUCUGGAAUGUUGAGUUCCUGCAGCAGAAUGGGUUUUCCCAGAUCCCUCGCUCUGUGUGUAGUGAAAGCUGCUCUCCUGGGUACAGAAAGGCUCCACAAAAAGGACAGCCAGUGUGUUGCUUUAACUGUGUUCCGUGUUCAAAAGGAGAGAUCUCAAACGCAACAGACUCUACUAUCUGUAAGACAUGCCCAGAAGAACUGUGGUCUAAUGACAACCAAGACAAGUGCAUUCCUAAGAUGAUAGAGUUCCUGUCGUAUGAAGAACCUUUGGGUGUAACCCUAACAGUCAUUACCAUUUUCUUCUCUGUCCUCAGCAUAUCAAUCCUUUGUGUGUUUGUUGCCAGUCGCGAAACACCCAUUGUCCGAGCCAACAACAGGAAUCUCAGCUACUUACUCCUUGUUUCCCUAAUGCUCUGCUUCCUUUCUUCCUUAACGUUCAUUGGCCAUCCUAUGACAGUAAAUUGUAUGCUGCGUCAAGCCACAUUUGGUACAACUUUCUCCUUCUGCACCUCCUGUAUUUUGGCAAAAACUGUCACUGUAGUUGUUGCUUUUGGUGCCACAAACCCAAACAGCAAGCUAAAGAUGUGGUUAGGAUCCAGGACUCCAAAUGUUAUACUUCUCUGUGGUUCAGUUGUUCAAUUUAGUAUAUGUACAACUUGGCUGGCUAGUUCUCCUCCAUAUCCAGAGCGCAAUACUGAAUUCCGCAAUGAAAAACUAAUUAUUCAGUGUAAUCAGGGUUCAGUUGUGGCAUUCAGUUGCAUGCUGGGCUACCUAGGUGCCUUGGCAAUUAUAACUUUUAUAGUAGCUUUCUUAGCAAGGAAAUUGCCAGAUACUUUCAAUGAAGCCAAAUUUAUCACAUUCAGCAUGUUAGUAUUUGUGAGUGUUUGGCUAUCCUUCAUACCAGCCUAUCUAAGCACAAGUGGGAAGUAUAUGGUGGCAGUGGAAGUAUUUGCCAUCUUGUCAUCAGGUGCUGGUAUGGUUUUUUGCAUCUUUUUCCCAAAAUGUUACAUUAUUCUCCUGCGACCUGAUCUGAAUACACGAGAGAAGCUUAUCGGAAAGGCACAAUUUGGAGAUAGGAAAAAAUGA